CGCCUCAGAGUGACGCGCCCCACUUGCUGUGUACAUGUUCGUCUCUCUCGUUCUCAGUUAGUUUUCUUUUUGGACGUCACUCUGGGGUUUUAUUGCCUGAAAAAAGACGGAGCAAAAGAUGGUUAUCACUUGUUUGUUGCACGUUACGUACAACCCGCGGGCACGUAAAUAAACUAAGGACGAGAUUUCAGAAACGCGACCACACCUCACUUUUCCGCCUUUCUUCCUCACGUCAUGUUGAUAUAUUUGGUUACAGUUUUCAGUGCCAUCUGUGGUUCUUCUGCUAGAAAAGACUGGGAAGAAGUUUGUUAUGGCAGUGAGGUUAUGUUUCCCAAACAAUUUCUUCCACAACUUUACAGACAGCCGCUGUAUUUUACUCCAAAAAAUGGUGGCGAGAGUAAAGUACUGAUGGAGGAAGGGAAGACCACCAUAAACUAAGUUUGGCAUGCAUUUUUAUCGAACCCCCCAUACUUGGACAUCCCAAAAUGAAAUCCAGUGCUACCAAAAGGACCUCAGAAGGCACCUAAUGAGCGAAGGACUCACGACUCAAAGUUACCUCCGCUUCAGUCAGUCUUACAGAUGUAAACAAAAGGGAUGAAGGAGUUUAUACGGUGUUGUAUGAUGGUAAAGAUUCACGUGAAGUGCUCAAAUUGAAAGUAUUAGAUUGUACUGAAAUGAUUAAUAGGCAGUACAUGCACAAUUUGGAGCACGUAAUUUCUGACAAGGUCCAGUACCUGGAGUACAAUCCACCUGACAACGAAGACGUACCAUUAAUCCUGUGGAAUAGAACAAACACUCUGAAUAAUGAUAAAAGAAGAGGAAACGUUUUUCGCAAUAAUUGGAGAAUCCCUGGGGUUACUCAGGCAGACAACGACUUCUACAACUUCAGACGAGGAGACAAGAGUCUGGACUCAAGGAUACUACUCACAGUAAAAGAGAACACCCGUUCCUAUAAUCCAAAAGUGAAUGAGCAUCUCUUGAUUACAAAUCCUUUCACUGGUGGACCGUGGACUGUGACGUUUAAACAAGAAACAGAAGAUGAAUGGGUGACGGUGAUGAAAGAUGGCCGGUUACUCCAUGGUGACGACAUAUUCUCUGAGAGAAUUACUAUUCAAAGUUAUGGCAUUGAAAUAUACCCUGUUGAAUCUACGGAUUCUGGUACCUUUGAGUUCAGAGACCAACAAGGCAACCUGGCCUUGUCUGUCCAGGUGGAGGUCAUCCAUGAAUCUCAUCACUUGGUCACAUAUAUUGUUGCUGCCGUGGCUCUCCUUUUGGGGAUAUGUUGCUGUUGCUGUUGUAAAAAAAGAUUCUGUAAAAAAGACAAAUCUGCUGAUGCAGCUACAGAAGGAACUGCUGUUACAUAUCAUGACAACUCGACUACGACCGCUACAGGACCCGUCGUGUACUAUCAUGGUACAAAUCAGCCAACAGGACCAAGCUACUCAAAUCACCCAUAUCCCUCAGUUUACCCCCCUCAUCCAGUAAACCAUCCAGCCUUUACAGAACCUGCAGCUGUCUCCAUUGAACCACCGCCGUUGCAGCCUAAUACUGCUGUGUAUCCUCCACAGCCUACAUCUAUGUACCCUCCAGAGCCUACCAAUGUAAACCCUCCACAGCCUACAUCUAUGUACCCUCCAGAGCCUACCAAUGUAAACCCUCCACAGCCUACAUCUAUGUACCCUCCAGAGCCUACCAAUGUAAACCCUCCACAGCCUACAUCUAUGUACCCUCCAGAGCCUACCAAUGUAAACCCUUCACAGUCUACAUCUAUGUACCCUCCACAGCCUACCAAUGUAAACCCUCCACAGCCUACAUCUAUGUACCCUCCAGAGCCUACCAAUGUAAACCCUCCACAGCCUACAUCUAUGUACCCUCCACAUCCUACCAAUGUAAACCCUCCACAGCCUACAUCUAUGUACCCUCCAGAGCCUACCAAUGUAAACCCUUCACAGUUUACAUCUAUGUACCCACCACAGCCUACCAACGUAAACCUUCCACAGCCUGAAUCCAGUCAGUAUCCUCCCCUUUCUGAGGUUGGACCUCCAACAUCUCAGGGAUCUGCAGCAGCUCCCACCUUCAGCUCAGAUGUUUUGUCCUCAGAUGCUGAGCUGCAAUUUGAGCUGAAAGGAGUGACUUUUCCCUCAGCUCCCUUUCUCAGUUCAGAUGAAACUUCCAGUAAUGUUUACAACUCGGAUAAACUAAACUUUCUAUGAAGCAUGUGCUGAACACUGUGGGGAUGGAGCUUUUUCAGUCUUUACUGAACUUUGUAACCCAUGUUGUAAACAGUGAUGAUAUUUCUCUACAGACCUCAAAAACCUAAAAACCUAUUAUCAGACCUAUAAGGAUCAUUGAAACAAAAGAAGGAUUGCACUGACAUCAGAUUCUGUACACAUCUUUUUUGGUGGUUUUCUGAUGAGACAUAUCCAAAGAAUUUUAAAAAACUUUAACCAGCUACUUUAUAUAUUACUUAAAGUGGUGCAUUUUGAAUCGUCAAAAUAAUCAAAAGUGCAAACACAAUCACUCAACAAUGUGGCCCGCCUGGAGCUACAGCAUCUAUAUAUAUAUAAAUUCUUUUCAAACUGGAGUAUAGAGUAAGAGAAAAUGUCAAACCUGAAGCUUUUUUUCCGGCAGAUUAGGAAAAAAGUUUACUAGCGAUUUGCUUGUGUAUUUAUAGGGACAAGAUGGGGGCUUGCAGGGAAAAAAGAUUGUAAAUCAUUAUUAUAACUGAUGCACGAGGUAUGAAUUAGCUUAGGUACAUGUAAGCUUAGGUAACUGAUCAAUGUAAUGUGAUGGAUUUAAACUGUUACUUUUCAUGCAUUUUUUCUCAGGUCAGAAAAACUAUUCCCGUAUUUCCAGUUUAUAAAAGCACCUCAAAGUAUAUUAAAUAUGCAAAUAUUUAUAUUACUAGUGACUUCAAAGAAAGACAGAUGAUAUUCUUAGUUUUUACCACUAUUACCAUUUUAACCUUUGUUUUUAAACUCUGUGAUGCUGAGACUUUUACAUGUCAAAACUAAUUGAUUCUGUUAUUUAUGUUUUUUUUUUAUUAUUAUUGUAAACCAUUGGUUCAUAAUCAUGUGUUUUCACAUCUGUGUAAAACUGUUCUUUGAAACCAGUUGCUACAUUAAAGGACUUAACUGAA